GUAACUUGGAAAGAGUCCAGUGUAACAGAGGCGAGGCAUUGGCAGCUUGCGUGUACAUUUAACUUUCUUUUUAAUGUUACGUGUAAGGACUGCUCAUUUUAAUAUAUAGGUUUACUACGCUGGGUUUCUUUUACGUUAUUUUUUAUUGAUAACGAAGGCACUUAUUUCCUACUCAUGUAGCCAUGUAGCCAGGUAUGGCUGAGUUGUUACCAUCAGGACGCGUCACUAAACUUCCGAGCAAAACAUUGGAACUGUAAUUAACGUGUGUGAGAAAGCCGGCGAAGCUGUCGGAAAUCAUUCAGAGCACUUCAUGAAGCUGUGAAGCUUGUACAGGGGCAGUUUUCACAAUGACAGAGCGGACUCCUCUCCUCAACUACCGCCUCUCAGCCAGCGCCAAUGAAUCCGAGCUGCGGUCGGCUUCGGCCGGGCAUGCCCCGGAGCAGCACCCGGGCAGCCCCAGGCAGAGGUCCACCCAUCAGCGGCAACCACAGAAACUCUCCAUCUUCUUCGGUGUGGUGAUCCCUACCUUGCUGUCAAUGUUCAGCGUGGUAGUGUUUCUCAGAAUUGGUUUUGUGGUGGGACAGUCCGGAUUGUACCAAGCUAUUGCCAUGUUCCUGGUGGCCUACUUCAUCAUCAGCAUGACCGUGCUGUCAGUCUGUGCCAUCUCCACCAACGGAGCCCUGGAUGCCGGGGGAGCCUAUUACAUGAUCAGCCGAGCGCUGGGUCCAGAGUUUGGUGGCAGUAUUGGCAUCAUGUUCUUCCUGGCAAAUGUAUGCGGCAGCGCUCUCUUUGUGCUGGGUCUGGUUGAAGCCAUUGUGGCCACCUUCGGAGUCCCUGAAGACGGGACUCUGGCCACUUUGUCCUACCAGGUCCUGCCGUCGGGCUACUGGUGGUCUCUGCUUUACGCCACAGCCAUCGCCCUGCUGUGCCUGCUGGUGUGCCUGGUGGGAGCCCACAUCUACGCCAAGGCCACCUUCCUCAUCUUCCUGGUGGUCAUUUUUGUCCUGGGCACCAUCUUCAUCAGCUUCUUUGCAGUACGCCCUCGUACCGUCGUCCUGCCCAGUUCUGCCAUAUCCAACCCGACAGCCAAUGGAACAGGCCCAGUGUUUCCCACCACAGCCAACUUUACUGGCUUCAAAUUGGACACGCUGCUCGGAAACCUGUGGGCUGACUACACUGUGGAUUACACAACAGGCACUACAAUGACCUUUGCCACCGUUUUUGCUGUUAUGUUUAAUGGCUGCACCGGUAUCAUGGCUGGUUCCAACAUGUCAGGUGAACUGAAGAAUCCAAGCUACUCCAUCCCCCGUGGCACCAUCACAGCCGUCAUCUUCACCUUUAUCAUCUACAAUCUGCUCUGUGUCCUGGUUGCCUGCUCCUGUGACCGUGUCCUGCUUCAGAGGGAUUACAGUUUCCUAAGAGACAUCAACAUCUGGCAUCCCUUUGUCACCGUCGGGGUCUAUUGCUCCACUCUCUCCGCUGCCAUGAGCAACCUCAUUGGAGCCUCACGCAUCCUCUAUGCCUUGGCCAGGGACGACUUGUUUGGUAAGGCUCUAUCUCCGGCUAAGAAGACGUCCCGCAGUGGUAACCCGUGGGUCUCGGUGCUCAUCUCCUGGUUCCUUGUGCAGCUGGUGCUGUUUUCAGGGAAGCUCAACACCAUCGCCAGUAUUGUGACCAUUUUCUUCCUGUUGGUUUAUGCAGCUGUGGACUUGGCCUGCCUCGCUCUGGAAUGGGCCUCUGCACCUAAUUUCAGGCCCACCUUUCGUUACUUCACCUGGCAUACGUGCGUGUUGGGCAUCGUGGGUUGCGCCGUCAUGAUGUUCCUCAUCAACGCCAUCUACGCAUCGGCCAGCAUCGCCUUCAUGCUGCUGCUGCUUCUGCUGAUUCACUACCUCAGUCCCACCUCCAGCUGGGGCUACAUCAGCCAGGCUCUCAUUUUCCACCAGGUGCGCAAGUACCUGCUGAUGCUGGACGUGAGGAAGGACCACGUCAAGUUCUGGAGGCCUCAGAUCCUGCUGAUGGUUUCCAACCCUCGCAGCAGUGUGGGCCUCAUCACCUUCAUCAACGACAUCAAGAAGAGCGGCCUCUAUGUGCUAGGACAUGUUCAGCUUGGAGAUCUCAGCACUUUACCAUCCGACCCUCUGCAGUCCCAGUAUGACUCCUGGUUGUCCCUGGUGGACCAUCUAAAUAUCAAAGCUUUUGUCAACUUAACAUUGGCCGAUUCUGUGCGUCAUGGGAUCCAACAUCUCCUCUUCAUCUCUGGAUUAGGCGGGAUGCGUCCUAACACCCUCGUCCUCGGUUUCUAUGACGACUGUCUUCCAAAGGACAAACUGAUUGAUCCAUCACUCUCUACCAGUCAGUGCACAGAUCCCUUCGGCCCCUCACAUGAGCUCGAGCAACGACCCCCUCUCUUCCACUUCACCUCCCUGCGGGGUUCCAUUGACAGACAGGAUAAUGGUGAAUUUGGGGACGGGAAGGUUCUAGGAUCCCAGGAGUAUGUCGCAAUCAUUGCUGACGCCAUGAAGAUGUUAAAGAAUGUGGUGCUUGCCCGGAACUUCAACGAUUUUGACCGAACCCAGGUCCUCUCACCGCCCUCUACCUUUCCGGGGAAGAGAGCUGUGUACGUUGACGUCUGGCCGGUCAAUCUCCUGCGUCCGGACAGCAGCAGCUACGUCGACACCUGCUCUCUGUUCCUGCUACAGCUGGCGUGUAUCCUCAACAUGGUGAGAGCUUGGCGCAAAGCUACGCUCCGUCUCUUUCUGUGCGUGGAGGAAGGGCGAAGUGUGAGAGGCUCGGAGGAGAAGCUGGGCCAGCUGUUGAAAGAGUUGAGAAUUAAAGCUCAAGUUUACCCCGUGCCCUGGGACCAGCAGGUGGCGCUACACUGGCAGCGCCAAGGCAAGUGGAGCAAGAAACAGCGGUCACAGUCCCCCGAUACCACCGAAGAAGAGAAGAAGCCGAGGGCAGAUGACGAAGACAACGAGGAGGAUUACGUCAAUAGCUUCCCAAGCAACGCAACGCGCCUGUCGGAUGACUACCUGUCAGCUGUCAAUAAGCUGAUCCUGGACACUGCCCAGCCCGCCCCUGCUGUGCGUUUCCUGUACUUGCCCCGCCCCCCAGCUGACACCCGCCGCUACGCCACCUACUUACACCAGCUGGAGCUGCUGACUCGGGACCUGGGCCCCACGCUGCUCAUCCACGGUGUCACGCCUGUCAUCACCACUGACCUUUAAACAAUCCCUUUUUCCUUUGCAGAGAGAUGGUGAGUUCUGCAGUGUCCCCACCAGCUGCUGAAGGUUCUCUCUGAAGGUGUGUGGACCACUGUCAGUGCAGCAUCACUGCAGAUCUCAGCAGUGCCCAUGAUAGUCACCUCUGUCACUCCAUCAGCUGCUACUUCAUCCAUACAGGAUCUACGAUAGAAGGAGCGGUCUUUAAAUAUUUUCUGGGUGUGCAGAUGCUCAGUUUCCUUAAAAUGAUCAUUCCAUAUGCCUUCAGAUCUAAAAGUGCUUUGGUAGUUAGGGAGCUAAAGUCUGGACUCAUUCCAUCAUGGACAGAAAGUUGGACGGCAUUACACCUUGGAGCAGUCAUUUGCAGGAAAUCUGCUUUUCCAUUUUAGGAGCUUAGAACAAAGGAAACAGAUGCACAGUAAUGAUGACGGUGCUACUACGGAAGUCUUCAAAGUUUUAUUCCAAAAAUCUUUUUAUGUGGGAUCUCAGGAAGACAUUCUUCUUUUUUCUAAAAAAUGACAAACUGCAUGUAGUGCAUCUCUCCAAUAAUACCGUAAACGUGUUUACAGCACCAAUAACUACUGUGAUUGUCCACAUGUCCAAAAUUACUCACCAGUGCUCACCAUUCUUGAUCUGCCUCAAUGCUGAAGUGCCUAAAUGUAUUUUAACAUGUGCUCAAGUCUACAUCCCUGGCCUUUACGUAGUGUAUUUAUGACUUUUGAAGUGACUACAGUGGCCAGAAGUGGCAUUUAUGGGAACAUAGUCAAUACUAAUACCCUAAAAUGUCAGACAACUGACUCAGUAAUGUCGACUACACUGCAAUAUCCACACAAGGUAUGCUUACUUUAGCUAAGAUUAGCCUCAAUAAGGUGCUGGUCAUACCAGACCAACUAAGGCUUUAACAACAAAACUGUGAUGUACUUUUAUUUCUUAAAUAUCACAUCCUUCCUCUUACAAAUAACAAAUUGAAAGAUUUGUAAGAGGAAGGAUGUGAUAUUUCUUCUGUCAAAGUGACAGUCUCACUUUAAGCAUCACUGUGUAUCUUAGCAUUCUGUGGCAAAUAGUAUUUCCAUUCCUUGACACUUUGAUAAUGCAAUCUGUAUCCCCUUAGAUCAAUGUCAGUUGCAGGUGUAUUGUAAAAUGAUCUAAAGAGUUGGAAGCCUUGAAUUUUGAAUCUGAAAUGUCUCUACAAAUAGAUUCAUCUUGACAAUCUUCAUCCCACUCACUUUGACACAUCUGUGGGGUAUUUAUUUUAUAUUGUGUUUCAAAUCAGAUGUAUGUUUACUUGUGGACCAACUGCAUCCUUGGACACUACACUUGUCAACAAACCAUUGACACUACAAUUCUUCAAACCUUUGUCCCGGAUUUCAGCUCUUGUCCUCACAGGAGUGCAAAGACAUUGUUUAUUGAAUAAAUGAAAUUUUAAGUGUUGAUUUCCUGUUGAAAUCUGGAAAAAUAUACGUACACAUAUUAAUAAGUUUGGUUUGAUUUAUUUGUAAAAUUGUUUCACAUUUGUUCAAAUUGGUUGGUAUUUGUUUGUGGAUUGGAAAAAGCACCAUAAAUGACUCACAAAUCAUAUUACACUGUAUUUGUCACCAAAUUCCCAACAUUCUCUUAAUAAAGUCACACAAACAUACGAACACAUAAGAAAA